AAAAAUGAUAUGCACGUGACAGGAAGAUCUGCCACUGCCCAGUGCCCACUGCCGAGUGCCGACUUCAGAAAUUCAGAAGUCUGUGUCUGUGGUUCCGAUUGGUGUUUUGGGGGUUCGUUUUGAGCGCAAAUUUUAAAUAAUAAACAAAUAACUCUAACGUUAUUCCAUACAAAACAAAGUAAUGACAAUGUUUCGCCCGAAUAUUUUGAAAAUGUUGCAGCCAGUAUUUAAAUUCAAGUACCAAACACGAUUGAAAUCUACUUACAACAGAGGAGUCCACUUUCUGUUUAAAAAAAAUCUGUUAUUGACAAAUAGUAUAUCAUCAGGAGCAUUCAUGGCUAUUGGAGAUUGGGUUCAACAGGAAUUUGAAAUACAUGCAAAGCUGUUACCAGCUUUUGAUUGGUCUCGGGCUGUGAGGAUGUUGAUAGUAGGUUCAGUUAUGGGACCACUGCAUCACUACUAUUAUAUUUAUUUAGACAAAUUAUUGCCAUUGGCAAAUAUGAGAACUGUUACAAUAAAGAUUUUAUGUGAUCAGUUUUUUGCAUCGCCAGCGACUAUUCUGUGUUUUUUCUAUGGAAUGGGUGUUCUAGAAAAUAAGUCAAUUAGUGAAUGCACAGAAGAGAUAAAACAAAAGUUUGCUUACACUUACUUGGGCGAUUGGUUAUUUUGGCCUCCAGUGCAGUUUAUAAAUUUUUAUUAUCUGCCAACACAUUACAGGGUAUUUUAUAUUAAUUUCACAACAAUGAUUUUUAAUGUAUUUUUAUCUUUUAUAAAGCAUUACGAUCAGCACAAAUAAUAAUAAGAUAUGCUGUAAAUAAUUAGUUAAUACAUAAUAUAUUUAUGUUCAACACA